AUGCUGGCUGCGGAAUUUGUCAGUCGUCACGAACUUGCUAAGGAGUACGGAAUCUGUUUUGAUGGACCAGUUGAUCCUUCUCGGUGGCCGGAAACCCACAGAAGACUAUUCGAAGAUGUCCAGAAACUGGGCGAUCAAAAACACGGAACUUAUAGGGAAAGCAUUACCGUUGACUCGAUCGAAAAGCCAUGGAGGGCACAAACCACACGACGAGCGGAAAGGCUUGUAGGGCUAUCAGAUAAGUAUUAUGACGCUGGACCGAAUGAAAGAAGCUGGAGAAGCAAUAUCGAACCGGAGGUAUUCCACCGGUUCAGUGUCGAAGUUACCUGUCCUGAAUGCACUUCUAGGCUCUGGGAAUCAGAAAUUAGAGCCGCUUUGAACAGUCUGGAGCCAUUUGCAGACUCGUUAGAACAACGACGUGAGAGAAGAAAGGCCUGUGAAUGCCCUGAUCAACUGAAUGGCUAUGAGUCUGGUAUAAAUAUGAUUUUCUCGGACAGGGCUGAAGCGGCCAUCAAGCACGAUCCACCAUUGAAAAUAAAGAAACCGAAAAAAAAUGAGCAAGAGUCAGAGUUGCCAGAUCGGGUAUACGGACUGAGAAAGACAGAAAAGUUCAGCUUAUUGAUGAAUUCAGCUGCUGUAAGAGACCCAUCCAGACGACUACGAGAUAUGAUCGAAAUGAGCCCCUUUGCAGAGGAACGUGAACCACUUCUCUUUCCCUUUCUCAUUUUAGAGGCCAAGUCGAGCAAGCAAGGAGACACGGCCGCAGUUGAAAUGCAAACUGCAUUUUGCAUACGACGAAUUUUGAAACUGCAGCACGACCUUAAAGAAGCAACAGGCUCAGAAUCAUGCUGGAAAACAGGGCCUCUUCUUUGGUUUUUUGCUUCGUAUGGCGAGCGCUGGAAGGUAUCAAGUUGCUUUGUGAAAAGAGAAAAUGGUGAUAUAAAAUGGUGUGUCAUUGAUUUAUGGAGUGGAGAUAUUCGAGGAAAGGAUGGAGCAAUCCAGCUCCUCUUGAUUGUGGACUACAUUUUUGACUGGGCUCGUGACAUAUACCGGUCAUCAAUACAAAACGAGCUCGGUAUUCUCGCCACUGAUGCUAUUGCGACUACUGACCCGGAUAUUUUUUCAAUGCGCGAAAGAUCUGUCUCAGGGUGGUUGAAUGCUUUCUCCGAAGUUGGAAGUUUUUCCGCGGAUAAUUCAUUCGACGACACCACUUCUGAUCUAGACUAUUUGAGCAUCAUUGAUCCCCUUGGAGCGGUACGAGAUAAAUCCAUUAUUGAAACGAGGUUUCUAGCGCUACAUAUAACGGCGAAUGAUAUAGAAGAUUUCCUUCUUUCGUAUACAUCGGUAGAAGCAUCUCGAGAAGCAAUUUACGAAAUUCUGCGAUAUACGCAGAGUUCCUGGAGACUAGAUGCAGCUACACUAAGACAUCUUGAAAAUUGUUGGACAGGAGAAGCCCUCAGGCAGUCUGAUGAAAAUUUCGACGAGCAGGAGAUCUUUUAUACCCACAUCACAAUACUCAUGUUCAUGGGACCGAAAUGGCAGCCAGUACGUCAAAUUACGUGUCUUGCAGUAGCCGAGGCAGCCCUGAAGAUAAUGGCAAGUAAAGUUGCCAGAGUUCCAUCAUCAACUCCCGCUGGCAUGAGGAAGAGGCCUAUAAAGUCAAAUGUAUUAAGAAACGCACUGGUGAAAUACAUCCGGCGGUUUAAGGAACAAUCAGUCAGCCAGAAUCUCACAGCAGCCGUCUUCAUGAUGUGUUUAUCAAGUGCAACAUAUCGACGUGAAGGCAAGAUUGAAAAUGAACUUCUUGUAAGCAGGGGUAAAGCGGGUUAUUUUGGGUUCGUCUUGGACAACUCGCCUAAUGUUCAUGAGAUGGUGACAGCUACAUAUGAAAGGCAUAAAAUAGGGCGGAGACAGCCUGUUGACCAGUAUUUGCGAUUUUCUCAAAUUCAAACUAAACAAAGUGCCAACAACUUCGGAGGUAUUCAAAUAUGGCCCGAUAUGAAGCCUCUUAUGUUUCACGUCAGAGGGUGUAUUAUGAUCGACGGAUUACAUAAAAAUGGCGAUAUUCCAAAACGGUGCCUUUAUAUUGAUAACGUUUGCGAGAUUGAACAAAUCCUAGAACUGGUCCAAUGUGCCUGUCAUCAAGGACGUUAUUAUACCUCGGUGCCGUCUGAUUUAGGGCCGCGACUCGAGGAUGGUUUUAAUUAUAUCAAUCAGUCGACUGACGCCGGUGAAUACUGGGAUGCUAAUAAAAACCAUGAAUCCAUUGAAAAAUGGUUGGAGUUCUUAGAAGGGAUGAAAACGUCAGCAUCAUCAGUACCUUCACCAAUCUUAAUAUCAUCGGACGAAGAGUCAAACGACGGAGUUGAUGAACAGGAUACCAAAAUGGCCAAUACCUGAUCAUGGUAUUUUCAUUUCGAAUCGACUCUCUCUAUGUUGAGGGUCGAUACGGGCUAUUUACGCAAAUAAACUGUCAUGUUAUGCAUCCAUGAAAGUUUA